AAGGUGUACCCUCACCGACCAGUGAUGAUGGUCAUCAGCCACGCUGCCCCCCACGGGCCAGAGGACUCAGCCCCACAAUACUCAGAGAUGUUCCCUAAUGCCUCCCAACACAUGUGAGUCGCACACACACACACACACACACACACACUAGACAGACUAGACCCCUAGGUGGUUAAGUGGGCAGAAGUAGAAUGAGUGGGAGAGAGAGAAGGAGAGAAAGAGGGAGAGAGAAGCAGAGAAAGGGGGAGAGAGAAGCAGAGAAAGGGGAGAGAGAAGGAGAGAAAGGAGAGAGAAGAGAGAAAAGGUAGAGAAAGAGAGAUAAGGAGAGAGAGAAAGAGGCGAUACUAGGAGAGCAUAUAGAUCUCUCGGAGUGCGUCUAGUAGAUCUCUAGCGCAUUGCACCGCUCCGCUCUUCCCUCCGACUCUUUCCUGUUCCCCUCUUUCUCUACCCGCUCCCUCGUUCUCUCUCGCUUCUCGCCUCUUCUGCUCUCUCUUUGCCCGCUCUUUCGCUCACUCGUCUGCGCUCCCGUCCUCGCCUUUUGCUCGCCCUGGCUUUCUUCUGAUUGUUUCUGUUGUGGUUCCGUGGUGGUGGUGACUGUGGUGUUGGGUUGGCUGGUUGUCCAAGGUUACUGGCAUUUUGUGUAAUGUGUGAAAUGUGUGUUGUUGUGAGCUUCAGGGUCAGUGGGUAGUGGAACAGGUGCCAGGCAUAUCUGCCCAUAUAUUGUGAAUCAAACCAGCCUUUUCCAAGUAGAGAUUGACUUGUAUGGUGACUCCGCCUCUCCUCUGAUUGACAUGUGUGGUGACUCCGCCUCGCCUCGCCGCUCCUCUCCUCUGAUUAUCUUCUGUGGUGACUCCGCCUCUCCUCUCCUCUCCUCUGAUUAUCUUGUGUGGUGACUCCGCCUCUCCUCUCCUCUCCUCUGAUUGUCUUGUGUGGUGACUCCGCCUCUCCUCUCCUCUCCUCUCCUCUGAUUGUCUUGUGUGGUGACUCCGCCUCUCCUCUCCUCUCCUCUGAUUGUCUUGUGUGGUGACUCCGCCUCUCCUCUCCUCUCCUCUCCUCUGAUUGUCUUGUGUGGUGACUCCGCCUCUCCUCUCCUCUCCUCUGAUUGUCUUGUGUGGUGACUCCGCCUCUCCUCUCCUCUCCUCUGAUUAUCUUCUGUGGUGACUCCGCCUCUCCUCUCCUCUCCUCUGAUUAUCUUGUGUGGUGACUCCGCCUCUCCUCUCCUCUCCUCUCCUCUCCUCUCCUCUCCUCUCCUCUCCUCUCCUCUCCUCUGAUUGUCUUGUGUGGUGACUCCGCCUCUCCUCUCCUCUCCUCUGAUUGUCUUGUGUGGUGACUCCACCUCUCCUCUCCUCUCCUCUGAUUGUCUUGCGUGGUGACUCCGCCUCUCCUCUCCUCUGAUUGUCUUGUGUGGUGACUCCGCCUCUCCUCUCCUCUCCUCUGAUUGUCUUGUGUGGUGACUCCACCUCUCCUCUCCUCUCCUCUGAUUGUCUUGCGUGGUGACUCCGCCUCUCCUCUCCUCUGAUUGUCUUGUGUGGUGACUCCACCUCUCCUCUCCUCUCCUCUGAUUGUCUUGCGUGGUGACUCCGCCUCUCCUCUCCUCUGAUUGUCUUGUGUGGUGACUCCUGCCCUCCUCUUCUCCCUUCUCCUCCUCAGACCUCCAUUGUGUUCUGACUUAACUCUUCACCCGCCCAGCCAGGCGGUCUAAUAAUCCCCACAAAGAGGCCUGUGUCUGGGCACAAGGACAUCAGAGGGUGGGGCUGGGGCUGGGCACCUCCAGGAGAACCAGUAAUGUUGGGGUCAGGGGAAUGCACCCAGCCCUUAUAGGAGGGUCCUAUAGGACACACCUGACAUCUGUCACACUACACCUUGUACACAGGUUCUCUGUAUGGUUGCAUCCCAAAUGGUACCCCAUUCUCUAUGGGCUCUGUUCAAAGGUAGUGCACUACAGAGAAUAUGGUACCAUUGUGGACAUCUAGCCUGCGUUCUAAAUGAGUCUGUGAUUAUCUCUCUGGCCCUCAGGGUUAGUGUUCAGCUUAGACUACAACCUCACAACACAAUGUGAAGACUAAUCACUACUCGCGUUCAGCCUGGGAUAAGGCAGGGGUUAAGGGUUUAAAGUUACUUCCACCUGCAGAUAAAAGUUCAGCUUUGUCUUGUUCACACACAACAAUACCAAGCUGUAGUUCACACCACAAUACCAAGCUGUAGUUCACACCACACAAUACCAAGCUGUAGUUCACACCACAAUACCAAGCUGUAGUUCACACCACACAAUACCAAGCUGUAGUUUACACCACAAUACCAAGCUGUAGUUCACACCACACAAUACCAAGCUGUAGUUCACACCACACAAUACCAAGCUGUAGUUCACACCACACAAUACCAAGCUGUAGUUCACACCACAAUACCAAGCUGUUGUUUACACCACAAUACCAGGCUGUAGUUCACACCACACAAUACCAAGCUGUAGUUCACACCACACAAUACCAAGCUGUAGUUCACACCACAAUACCAAGCUGUAGUUCACAUCACAAUACCAAGCUGUAGUUCACACCACACAAUACCAAGCUGUAGUUCACACCACAAUACCAAGCUGUAGUUCACAUGACAAUACCAAGCUGUAGUUCACACCACACAAUACCAAGCUGUAGUUAGGACACCCUAAUCAUGUACUUAAAUAAAUAAAAACCACUGUGUGGUUGUCAGGUUCCAAAUUCCCAUGCCAUUCGUUACCCUUCACAGGAUGCGUACAAAAUGGCACCCUAUUCCCUAUGGGCCAUUGUCAAAAGUAGUGCAUUAAAUAGGGAAUAUGAUGUUAUCUGGGAUGCAGGCCCAGUCAGUGCAGCAAGAGUUGAUGACAUUAACAUCAAACCCUCCCCUUUCCAUCGCUCCCUUCCAAACUACAGAUGCCUGUUUUUAUUUAUGACAGACAGAGUCUAGAUGUUUUACAACAGACAGGGUCUAGAUAUUUUACUGCCUUACUGUGCAGCCUCCUAGCAUGUAAGCCCACCAAGGAUUAGCUGGAUCUUACCCAAGUCAAGCAACACACUGAAGAACUAACGGAGCAUUGAGUGGAAGUAUCCUUCUCCCAACCUUUAUUUUGCUGGUGUCUGAGGAACGAUUCUCAUCAGCAUCAAAACCAACAGCCAGAACCACAGUAGACGUGUACUGUACUUCACACCCACCCACAUACACCCACACAACACCCACCCACCCACACACACCUCUGUACCAGCCGAAACCACAGUAGACGUGUACUGUACUUCUCUCUCUCGCUCUCUUUACACCUCCACCACUACGAAAAAACCCACCCACCUUCACACCCGCCCACAUCACACACCCACUCCCACACACACCCACCCACACCCACCUCUGUACCAGCCAAUACCACAGUAGACAUGGGGUUGGAAGAGGUGUACAGACCGUACGUAUCCAUCUCUCCACCCCUCUACCAACCCCAUGUAGUUUCAUCUUCAACGAUCAGGACUUUAUUGGCUUUACAGUCCAGGGCUUGUAGCCAACUUGACUUUGGGGUCUGGAGGCUAACACAGCUAUUAUUUUCUUAAGCACGUGCCAACCCUCAAAUUAUUUAUCCUAGCCAAAAGCACUAGGUCUGUCGUCUUGACGUGUGAGGAGAGAUGGUCAGGGGGAGGGAGAGAGAGGGAGGAGGGGGAGAGAGAGAGAGGAAGGGAGAGAGCAGAGAGAGAGAGAGAGAGAGAGAGAGAGAGAGUAAGAGAUAGAGAGCAUAUAGCUGUAUGAUAUGUAGAAUAGAUAUAUAUAUAUGGACUCUCUCUCUCUCUUCUCUCUCUUCUUCUUCUCUCUCUCUCUCUUCUCCUUUCGUUCUCCUUCUUUAGCUUAGAGCGUUUCCCUCAAUAACCAGGCCUGGGUUAUUGAUGCUUGUCAAACAGAGCGGACAGAAGGGUAGAACCCACAGACAGCUUCCCAAAUGGCACCAUAUUCCCUAUAUAGUGCACUACUUUUGACCAGGACUCUGGUCUAAAGUAGUGCACUAUGUACGGAAUAGGGUGCCAUUUGGGACACAGACACCUCAGGAAGGCUGAGCCCUGAGAAAUGACAAAGAGGUGUGUUGCUUACUGCUGAAACCUUAAAGGGUUUCUUUAUGGUUAGUUGAUGCUCUGAUGACUGCUCUAUUUAGGGACAUUUAAGACAGGUUCUGCUUCUCUUUAAGACAGGUUCUGCUUCUCUUUAAGACAGGUUCUGCUUCUCUAUAAGACAGGUUCUGCUUCUCUAUAAGACAGGUUCUGCUUCUCUUUAAGACAGGUUCUGCUUCUCUAUAAGACAGGUUCUGCUUCUCUAUAAGACAGGUUCUGCUUCUCUAUAAGACAGGUUCUGCUUCUCUAUAAGACAGGUUCUGCUUCUCUUUAAGACAGGUUCUGCUUCUCUUUAAGACAGGUUCUGCUUCUCUAUAAGACAGGUUCUGCUUCUCUUUAAGACAGGUUCUGCUUCUCUUUAAGACAGGUUCUGCUUCUCUUUAAGACAGGUUCUGCUUCUCUUUAAGACAGGUUCUGCUUCUCUUUAAGACAGGUUCUGCUUCUCUUUAAGACAGGUUCUGCUUCUCUCGCCGCUUCGAUCUCUUGGACUGUGAGGGUUUCAAAGACACAUUAUUGUGUUGUUUCUUUCAUAGCAUCUCCGCAGCACCCCCUGUUAUAACGGACACCAUCCCCAUUAGUCCCCUCUCCCCCUGUCUCCAUCCCCAUUAGUCCCCUCUCCCACUGUCUCCAUCCCCAUUAGUCCCCUCUCCCCCCACACUCACUGUCUCCAUCCCCAUUAGUCCCCUCUCCCCCUGUCUCCAUCCCCAUUAGGCCCCUCUCCCACUGUCUCCAUCCCCAUUAGUCCCCUCUCCCACUGUCUCCAUCCCCAUUAGUCCCCUCUCCCACUGUCUCCAUCCCCAUUAGUCCCCUCUCCCACUGUCUCCAUCCCCAUUAGUCCCCUCUCCCACUGUCUCCAUCCCCAUUAGUCCCCUCUCCCCCACACUCGCUGUCUCCAUCCCCAUUAGGCCCCGCUCCCCCACACUCACUGUCUCCAUCCCCAUUAGUCCCCUCUCCCACUGUCUCCAUCCCCAUUAGGCCCCUCUCCCCAACACUCGCUGUCUCCAUCCCCAUUAGUCCCCUCUCCCACUGUCUCCAUCCCCAUUAGUCCCCUCUCCCACUGUCUCCAUCCCCAUUAGUCCCCUCUCCCCCCACACUCACUGUCUCCAUCCCCAUUAGUCCCCUCUCCCCCUGUCUCCAUCCCCAUUAGGCCCCUCUCCCCCACACUCACUGUCUCCAUCCCCAUUAGUCCCCUCUCCCCCUGUCUCCAUCCCCAUUAGUCCCCUCUCCCCCUGUCUCCAUCCCCAUUAGUCCCCUCUCCCACUGUCUCCAUCCCCAUUAGGCCCCUCUCCCCCUGUCUCCAUCCCCAUUAGGCCCCUCUCCCCCACACUCACUGUCUCCAUCCCCAUUAGUCCCCUCUCCCCCUGUCUCCAUCCCCAUUAGUCCCCUCUCCCCCUGUCUCCAUCCCCAUUAGUCCCCUCUCCCACUGUCUCCAUCCCCAUUAGUCCCCUCUCCCACUGUCUCCAUCCCCAUUAGUCCCCUCUCCCCCACACUCACUGUCUCCAUCCCCAUUAGUCCCCUCUCCCACUGUCUCCAUCCCCAUUAGUCCCCUCUCCCACUGUCUCCAUCCCCAUUAGGCCCCUCUCCCCAACACUCACUGUCUCCAUCCCCAUUAGUCCCCCUCUCCCCCUGUCUCCAUCCCCAUUAGUCCCCUCUCCCACUGUCUCCAUCCCCAUUAGUCCCCUCUCCCACUGUCUCCAUCCCCAUUAGUCCCCUCUCCCCCACACUCACUGUCUCCAUCCGCAUUAGUCCCCUCUCCCACUGUCUCCAUCCCCAUUAGUCCCCUCUCCCACUGUCUCCAUCCCCAUUAGUCCCCUCUCCCACUGUCUCCAUCCCCAUUAGUCCCCUCUCCCCAACACUCACUGUCUCCAUCCCCAUUAGUCCCCUCUCCCCCUGUCUCCAUCCCCAUUAGUCCCCUCUCCCACUGUCUCCAUCCCCAUUAGUCCCCUCUCCCACUGUCUCCAUCCCCAUUAGUCCCCUCUCCCCCACACUCACUGUCUCCAUCCGCAUUAGUCCCCUCUCCCCCUGUAUCCAUCCCCAUUAGUCCCCUCUCCCACUGUCUCCAUCCCCAUUAGUCCCCUCUCCCACUGUCUCCAUCCCCAUUAGUCCCCUCUCCCACUGUCUCCAUCCCCAUUAGUCCCCUCUCCCACUGUCUCCAUCCCCAUUAGUCCCCUCUCCCACUGUCUCCAUCCCCAUUAGUCCCCUCUCCCACUGUCUCCAUCCCCAUUAGUCCCCUCUCCCACUGACUCCAUCCCCUUAGUCCCCUCUCCCCAACACUCACUGUCUCCAUCCCCAUUAGGCCCCUCUCCCACUGUCUCCAUCCCCAUUAGUCCCCUCUCCCCCCACACUCACUGUCUCCAUCCCCAUUAGUCCCCUCUCCCACUGUCUCCAUCCCCAUUAGUCCCCUCUCCCACUGUCUCCAUCCCCAUUAGUCCCCUCUCCCACUGUCUCCAUCCCCAUUAGUCCCCUCUCCCACUGUCUCCAUCCCCAUUAGUCCCCUCUCCCACUGUCUCCAUCCCCAUUAGUCCCCUCUCCCACUGUCUCCAUCCCCAUUAGUCCCCUCUCCCCCCACACUCACUGUCUCCAUCCCCAUUAGUCCCCUCUCCCACUGUCUCCAUCCCCAUUAGUCCCCUCUCCCACUGUCUCCAUCCCCAUUAGUCCCCCUCUCCCACUGUCUCCAUCCCCAUUAGUCCCCUCUCCCCCACACUCACUGUCUCCAUCCCCAUUAGGCCCCUCUCCCACUGUCUCCAUCCCCAUUAGGCCCCUCUCCCACUGUCUCCAUCCCCAUUAGUCCCCUCUCCCCCACACUCGCUGUAUUGACAGACAGGCCUUGUUUGUAACCAUUGCUUGUCUCCUCUCCUGUCCUCUCCGCAGCACCCCCAGUUAUAACUACGCCCCAAACAUGGAUAAACACUGGAUCAUGCAGUACACCGGCCCCAUGAGACCCAUCCACAUGGAGUUCACCAACUUCCUACACAGGAAGAGACUGCAGACACUCAUGUCAGUGGAUGAUUCUGUACAGAAGGUAAGAGGAUUUGUCUCCACCAUGUGAUUAUUCAUUAGUAAAUUCACAUCCCUAUGAGCUCAUCUCCUAUUGUUGGUCAGUGUGAAUUCCAAUUCUGGUACUGAUGAUCGGCUUUAUCUUUCAUAUCAAAAUAGCAUUAUUUUGAGAGUGGGGUCAUAAAGAGUCUCUCUCUCUAGCUCUCUCGCUCUCAUCUCUCUCUCCUCUCUAUAUCUCUCUCUUAUCUCUCUCUCUCUCUCUCUCUCUCUAUCUCUCUCUCUCUCUCUCUCUCUCUCUCUCUCUCUCUCUCUCUCUCUCCCUCUCUCCUCUCUCUCCCUCCCUCCCUCCCUCUCCAGGUGUAUGAGAUGUUGGUAGAGUGUGGGGAACUGGACAACACCUACAUAAUCUACACAGCUGACCACGGCUACCACAUCGGCCAGUUUGGGCUGGUAAAGGGGAAGUCCAUGCCCUACGACUUUGACAUCAGAGUGCCCUUCUUCCUCCGCGGGCCCGACGUCGAGCCUGGAGCAGUGUAAGUCAGCCUUGUCCAAGCCAGAACGAGCCAUAGGGUAGUCUGAGGCAGCUUGAUGUACCAGUACACCCCCUGGAGGCCGCUUGAUGUACCAGUACACCCCCUGGAGGCCCCUUGAUGUACCAGUACACCCCCUGGAGGCCGCUUGAUGUACCAGUACAUCCCUGGAGGCAGUUUGAUGUACCAGUACACCCCCUGGAGGCCGCUUGAUGUACCAGUACACCCCCUGGAGGCCGCUUGAUGUACCAGUACGCCCCCUGGAGGCCGCUUGAUGUACCAGUACACCCCCUGGAGGCCGCUUGAUGUACCAGUACACCCCCUGGAGGCAGCUUGAUAUACCAGUACACCCCCUGGAGGCCGCUUGAUGUACCAGUACACCCCCUGGAGGCAGCUUGAUGUACCAGUACACCCCCUGGAGGCAGCUUGAUGUACCAUUACACCCCCUGGAGGCAGCUUGAUGUACCAGUACACCCCCUGGAGGCCGCUUGAUGUACCAGUACGCCCCCUGGAGGCCGCUUGAUGUACCAGUACACCCCCUGGAGGCCGCUUGAUGUACCAGUACACCCCCUGGAGGCCGCUUGAUUUACCAGUACACCCCCUGGAGGCCGCUUGAUGUACCAGUAUACCCCUGGAGGCAGUUUGAUGUACCAGUACACCCCCUGGAGGCCACUUGAUGUACCAGUACACCCCCUGGAGGCAGCUUGAUAUACCAGUACACCCCCUGGAGGCCGCUUUAUGUACCAGUACACCCCCUGGAGGCAGCUUGAUGUACCAGUUACACCCCUGGAGGCCGCUUUAUGUACCAGUACACCCCCUGGAGGCAGCUUGAUGUACCAGUACACCCCCUGGAGGCCACUUUAUGUACCAGUACACCCCCUGGAGGCAGCUUGAUGUACCAGUACACCCCCUGGAGGCCCCUUGAUGUACCAGUACACCCCCUGGAGGCCGCUUGAUGUACCAGUACACCCCCUGGAGGCAGCUUGAUAUACCAGUACACCCCCUGGAGGCCGCUUGAUGUACCAGUACACCCCCUGGAGGCAGCUUGAUGUACCAGUACACCCCCUGGAGGCAGCUUGAUGUACCAUUACACCCCCUGGAGGCAGCUUGAUGUACCAGUACACCCCCUGGACAGGGCCCUAGCCUGUUGCAAGCCGUUACCCCCAAUCCAUCUCCUAAUGCUGAGUGCCAAGCAUUUUUUAUGUCUGUUGGUGUUGUUGAUGUUGUUGUUCUGUUCCUCCCCAGUAACCCUCAGUUGGUGUUGAACAUUGACCUUGCCCCCACCAUCCUGCACAUCGCUGGGCUGGACACGCCUCCAGACAUGGACGGGAAGUCCAUCCUCAAACUCCUGGAACAGGAGAAGACUGGAAAC